AUGAAAGUGGUUGAAGAAUUCCAACAAAAAGAAAAAUUGGAUUGGAGAAUUAACUGCUCUUUCAUAUGCUUGCUGCCAAAGAAGGAUCAAAUUGGAUCUCCUCAGGAUUUUAGACCAAUAAGCUUAGUCAGUAGUGUGUACAAGGUGAUAUCUAAGGUGCUGACACAAAGACUGAAAACAGUUCUUCCUCAGUUGAUCUCUGAAAACCAAGAUGCAUUCAUUAAAGAUAAACAAAUACUGGAUGGUAUUCUUAUAGCUGGAGAUCUUAUUGACUCAAGGCUUAAAAGAAAAGUUCCUGGAGUAUUAUGCAAAUUGGAUAUUCAAAAAGCCUUUGAUAAUGAUUCUUUGCCUCUAAAGUAUCUGGGUCUUCCAGUUGGAGCUACCAGUAGAAGUUGUUCUAUAUGGGAUGUAGUUAUUGAGAAGUUCCAGAAAAAAUUAGCUCCAUGGAAAAGAGGAUUUUUUACCAAAGCAGGUACAAUGCUUCUAAUAAAAACUACCCUAUCUAGUCUCCCAAUUUACUUCAUGUCUCUUUUUCCAAUGCCUGUGCAAGUUGAGAAAAAGAUUAAUCAAAUCAUGAGAAACCUUUUAUGGGGAUCAACUUCAGAGAAGAGGAAAAUCAAUUGGGUGGCUUGCAAUAGAAUUUGCACACCAAAGAAAGCUGGAGGUUUAGGCAUUAGGAAUAUAAAACUUACUAAUCAGGCCCUUCUUGCUAAGUGGACAUGGAGAUAUUCAGUUGAGAAACAACAUUUAUGGAGAAAGAUAGUACAAAACAAGAUGAAAGGAAGAAAUGAAGAUAUCAUGGUCAAGGACUCUAAUUUGCCACAAGGCAGGGGCUUAUGGAAAGAAAUUCAUCUGCAUAAGAAGGUGGUGGAAGAAAUGAAAACUAUUGAAGUCAGAAGUCGAAACAACAUUUAUUUUUGGUGGGAUAAAUGGAAAGAUAAUCAAGUCUUGAAAUGCAGAUAUCCACAAAUCUUCAAAAUAUCAAUACAAAAGAAUGCUAGCAUAAAGGAAGUGAUAGAGAAUAAUUCUUGGAAUCUGAAACUAAGAAGAAAUCUUCAUCAAUCAGAGUUGCUUGAAAUGUUACAGCUCUUUGAAUGGUUAGGAUCUCCUCCUAUUCUAUCUCAACAGCAAGAUGGAUUGACCUGCAACUUCACAUGA